AUGGGUAAAGGACUUUACGUCUUAUAUGGAUGCUUAUUACUAAGCGUCUAUUUUCUAAGAUAAUUGGAACUUGACACAAAUAAAAGUCUUCAAAACUUUUUAGAGUCUAAAUUCUUAGGAGGAGAAGAAGAAGAAGUUAAUAGUAAUCAUAAUAGUACUUCAAGUUUUUAACGUAAUUUGCAAAGUUCAGCCACAUCUAAUACUGUAACCGACGUUCAAAGCUCACCCACAUCAAAUUAAGAUGUCAUUUCUAUAUGUAACGCAAGUUCUGAUGGCGGUAAAGUGAGCUAAUCACAAAUUGAUGCAGCAAGUCACUCACGCUCAACUUAUAGAACUUCUUUUGGCCCUUCUUUAGGUGAUGAUCUUUUAAAUUAAAGGGUUCCUUCCGUUGGUUCAUAGGCUUAAAAAAUCAUAAUUAUUGCUUUAAUCGCAAUAUUUUUGAUAAUAACUCCUUGGUUAACACUAUGUUAUUGCUGCUAUUGCUGUUGUGAUAAGAAGUGCCCUUUGUGCUGUAAAGAUGAUCCCAAGAAGAAACCUUUUACAAGAGGAUAGCUUUUAUGCAAUCUUAUAUCUGUUGUUGUUCUUGCAUCCCUAACCUUAGCUACAAGCAUAGCCGGAUAUGUUUAUUCUAACAAAAUUAAUUCAUCAUAUAAGUCUAUGAAAUGCACAAUUGUUUCAGCUCUUGAUAACCUUAAUUAGUAAUAAACAUUCACUCUUAAUACAGGUUCUACAGGUACUUUCUUAGGUUUGAAUGGAUUGGAAUCAACUAUCCAAACCGUGUAAGGAUAGCUUGACACCUGGUAUACAGGUAUUAGCAACUUCCAAACCACAAAUUAACCAAAAAUUGCAACUCUAUAAAGUACAUCACAGACCAUUUAAAAUAUGUUAACCUCUAUGAAAUAAACUCCAUUAGCUACUGGUUAUUAAUAUGCUGCUAAUAAAGGAUGGUAAGAUUAAAUACCAAAUGAUGGGACAACUAGAAGUUCUAUUUUCUUUGAUUCAACAAACUAUCCAAAAGUAAUAGAUGGUAUUGUUUCAGCUUAAUAAAAAGUAACUUCAGCAGCUAUUACAGCCAUAAAUGAAGCUUCUACUUAAUGUACAAAUCAAGCUAGUCAAGGUAAAACUAGUGUUAAUAGUGCUCUUAGUUCGGCAUUAACUUAAAUCUAGAAGGGCUAAAAUAUGAUAUCUGAUACAGUCAACAGCAUUAAGAAAAAUACUUCAAUCACUGAUACAGUAUUUUAGUUGGUUACUAUCUUUUUAAUGAUAUUCUAUGGAAUAUUUAUGUUUAUAGCUGUAGCAGGAGCAGCCUUAGCUUUCAUUGGUCAUAUCAAAAACAUGUAUAAGGUCAGAGUUUGUCUCCACUUCUUUUGGUGUAUUCUAGGACUCUUAACAUUCCUUGGUUUCAUUUUAACAUUAAUACUAGGUAUAUUAACUAUUGUAAUGAUGGAUGGAUGUGAUGCAGGCAAUAAAUUUUUAAAUGAUCCAACAUAUUUCCAAACAGUGAAUUUGGGAAGUAGUGAUUUAAAAUCUUAUUUGAGUACAUGCAAAGCUGAAUUAGGAGGAGAUGGUAAUAUACUAAAGAAGUUCAAUAUUGAGGAUUAAGUAAAUUAAAUUACUAAGACAUAGCAAUCUCUAUAGGAUGCUUUGAAUUCUUUUGAUAUGUCUGCUUAUUAGCAAUUUGAAAAUAAUUUACAGUAUUUCUAGUUUACCCAUACAAUGAUUUAACAAUUUGGAGUAAUAUUUGCCAGAAAUGACCAAAAUUGGGCUACAUAUCCCCCUAAUUAAAUGGGUAAUUACCCAAUGUCUCUUGACUAUUAGGAAGCAGUUGCUGGCUUCUCAACAUAAACAAAAUAUCUUAGUUACCAAACAUCAUAAUCAAAUCCUUAUUCCUCAAUUUCAUCAACUAACAAUGACUUCUUUGUCUUCUAAGAUAACUAAUGCUCUGCUUAUAACUAUGCUAGUGUACUUUCAUCUUUUGGUACUUCUUUAUCAGGUAAAAACUGUGUUUCAUAUUAGACAUCGACUAGUUAGUUUACCUCACCAAAUGCAAGCACAAGAUAUGGUUCUGCUCAACCUUUUACAGAUUUUUAUAAUAGAAUUAACACUUAUGUUUCUCAAGCUUAGAAUAUGUACAAUAAACCUGAAACAUUCUAAUAUUAAAAUGCUGCUACCAAUACUUAAACCACAUCACCAUCUGAAAAGAGAGAUACAUUUAUUGGUGAUAUUAUGACUGCAUCAUCUUCUACAGUUAGCCCAGGAUUUGGCUAUUAACUUAACAGUAUAGUUCAAAAUAUUAAGAGUUAAGUUUUAGAUGGUAGUAAGGCAAUCACUGAUUCAUUGAUAGGUCCUUCUGGUCUUAUAUACUAAGUUAACUGCUUAUUCUUAGGGUUUACAAUAUAAAAUUUCUAUGAGCAAUUAUGCGAUAACAGUGCCAUUUCAAUCUACAUUACUUUCUAAAUUAUGUGUGUACUUUGUUUUAGCAAUUUUGUUCUUUUGAUUUUCUUAUACAAAAUCGCUAUGAAAUUUUUGGGCAAGUUAAAGGAAGAGCAAGAUAAGCCUAAUGUAGGUACAGUCAUGCCCUAAGGUGGAAUCGAAAUGAAAUAAUUUAUCAAUUGA